AUGUUUGCAAGAGCGAAGCCAACGGAUAACAACUCCGCCGUCGGCAAAGACCUUGCUCAGGUGCUUCCCCAAGAUGGCAUCCCUUGGUACAAGAAGAAGCAUUUGCUAGUGCUUAACUUCUAUGCUGUCUCCAUGACCCUUUUUUCUGCCGCCAAUGGAUAUGAUGGAAGUAUGAUGAAUGGCCUCAUGGCCCUUCCAGAGUGGUUUGCCUUCAUGGGUGACCCUUCUGGAUCCUGGCUUGGAUUCAUAAACGCCGUCCAGGCCCUCUCCGCCGCCAUAGCACUGCCUGCCGUUGCUUACUUUGCCAACCGCUGGGGCCGAAAGAAGGGCCUUCUGAUAGGUUAUGUGUUCCUCCUUCUAGGUGCCCUACUCCAAGCGCUCGGCCACAACAAAGCUACCUUCGUCCUCGGCCGAUUCUUCAUCGGCCAGCCGUCCGCCUGGUGGGGCAGCCUCGCACCGUUGCUCAUUACCGAACUGGCCUUCCCUACGCAUCGCGCUGUCCUGACAGCGCUGUACAAUUGUGGCUGGUAUGUCGGCUCAACCGUGGCUGCAUGGGCGACUUAUGGAACGCGCAACUAUGGAAAUGACUGGACCUGGAGGAUACCCUCUCUGCUACAGCUCGCUGUCCCUAUUCUCAUCUUGCCAGCGGCCAUUUUGGUACCGGAAUCACCACGUUUCCUGGUUUCAACAGGCCAGCUGGACAAGGCCCGAGCCAUCUUGACGAAGUUUCAUGCUGGUAGCGACGAGCAUUCACUUCUUGUCGAGUUCGAAAUGACCGAGAUUCAGAGAGCCAUCGAAGCAGAUAAGAUGGCCAUGUCUUCAACUUCCUGGGCCGAUCUAUUCUCGACCAAAGGUAACCGCCAUCGGGCCUUCAUAUCGAUUACCCUGGGUAUCUUUGCGCAAUGGAACGGGGUCGGUGUAGUGUCCUACUAUCUGGCAAUGGUGCUUAAGACCGUCGGGAUCACGUCUGUGACACAGCAGACUUUGAUCAGCGGUUGCCUGCAGGUGUGGAAUCUUUUCUGUGCUGUUGGCUCUGCCAUGAGUGUCGAUCUCGUCGGCCGUCGGCCGCUGUUCCUGAUCAGCUCCAUCGGGAUGCUCAUCAGCUUCAUUCUGAUUACCGGACUCUCAGGGAGCUUUGCCAACACUGGAAGCCAUGCAAUCGGCAUCGCGGUAGUUCCAUUCCUAUACCUGUACUACGGAUUCUAUGACAUCGCCUUCACGCCUCUUCUCAUCUCCUACACCGCGGAGAUCUGGCCUUAUGAGCUGCGCGCUCGCGGAAUGGCACUACUCCAGGUCUCGACCAGUCUUGCCGUGUUCUUCAACAUCUUCGUCAACCCGAUCGCCCUGGCUGCCAUUGGUUGGAAGUACUACAUUGUCUUUGUGGUAAUUCUUCUCUUCAUAAUCUGCACCAUCUGGUUCUUCUACCCAGAAACAAGGGGUCACUCGCUCGAGGAGAUGGCCGUCAUCUUUGACGGUGAGAAAGCGGCUGUGACAGGCUUAGACCUUGGCCACGAUGCUAAAAGCGGUGUCCGUGGAGAGACGGCAGAGGAGGUUGCCUAA